AAGGAGUGCACGAGGAGAUAAUUAAGCCAGCAAGGCAAAAGGUAACCUUUGCAUAGGUCAAAAGAGCAGCAAUACUACUUUUGUUUUCCUUUACCUUUCUUUUUUUUUUUUUUUUUUUUUUUGGCCUUCAACUAACCAUACCAUAAAGCAGAUUUGAGAAAUUUGGAUCCCUUCAGUUGCAAGAUAGCAAUUUGUUGCAUACCCACCAUUGAAUUAUUGAAACACUUAAAGCUGCAAUUACAAUUUCAUACAAACAUGCAAUAUAUAUACAGUAUAUUAAUUUUAAAUACAUGCAUGAUUUUACUUUUCUUGGAUUGUUAUUGGUUGUUUUUUUCUUUUUUUUUUUUUUUGCAAAUGGAUGAUAAAAUGUUUUGGUAUAUGUGCAGACCAAAAUAAUGGCACCUAUAAGGCAGUGCCAUGCAUUCAAUGUCUUUCCGCAGUGCCUACCAUGAAUCUGACCAUCUUGUUUCACUAGCUCUGAUUUACCUGUCUGAAACACGAGAUUAAUGGUGCUUGGUAUUACAAGCCAAAAAGGUCUCUUCAAAGUAAUGGGACUCCAUUUAACCUUCAAGGGGCAUGCAGUAGCAGAAAUGGACUAAUAUAAUUACAACAUUUCACUUUGAUGGUAUAAUUGCAGACAACAGAAAAUGGGUCAUCAUUACUUAUUACUGUUCCCUUUUUGGUAAUUAGGUCCCUGACAAAAUUUCAGAAAAUGGCUUUACUUUUACUAGCCAUGAGGAUUUUUCACUUGACUUGAGCUCAAAAACUGUGUUUCUUUCUCCAUUUUAUCUUUAUCGAGACACCCUUUUGAGGAUAAAGAUUUUGAGUUUGUUAAUAGGUUUUGUCCGAUUGUUAGUAAAAAGAGAAUGACAAAAGAGAGGACAUUGUUAAAAGCAUGAAGAUUUUAGGUUUGUGAGUUUUUUUUUUUCUUUUGUGUUGAUGGGUUUCAUGGUGCCAUGUGGAGAGCACAUAUGUGUUGUACUAGAGCACAUGGAUUUGGUCAUUCCAGAGCUUUGAGAUUGAGAAAUGAUACUAGUUUUAUUCUUUUCAAGACUGGAGAAAAUCAGUAGCAAAUAAGAACAAACAAACAGUUUGGUGUCAAGAGAAAACAGAUGGCCCUGAUUUUGUAUAUUCCAAGUGCAGCAACGAGUAGCUCUGUCAUUUCUCAUUCCUUUUAACAAUUAGAUUCUUGGGUUCUGCCUUGAUAACUCAGUCCAGGUAUGCUAGUAUGGCUUUUCAGCUUUUCUCCUGUAUCCAAUUUUCUUCAAUGCAGAUUACCCUUUUUCUAAAUAUAAACAGCUAAAUCAGCUCCUGUUCUAGGUAGUUUCUUGUCACAAAUAAUACAAAGAGAAGAAGCUUUUUGAUAGUCUUUUAUAUAGAACUACUCUUUGCCCAUCAUCCCAUCUCAAAGAUUGUUUUCGAUCCCUGGAAAAAUGUGGAAAACAGCUGAGAAGCAAAUUUCUUCUUCCCAGUGUUUCUUCAUACUAUCACUACUCUCUUUUGCAGUCCUUGUUUCUUCUAUAGUCUUCAUUUGUUUCCCAAGUUUUGGCCUCUUUCCUUUUCUUGCAACAAUCUCUAUUUUGCUCUUUUCAACUGUUUUCGUUGUCACAUUCUCAAAGCAAAAGGUGAUCACUGGUAAGAAUCCUACUCAAGAUGAAGAAGGUUCCAUGAGUACCCCUAACAACAACUUACUUGAAAAUGAAGUUGAAGAACAGAAGCUGAGUGCAGAACUGGAAGCUGUUACAUUCAAUAAUUCUGCACAACAGAGUGAAGUUAGUGACAUCCAUGAGUACCAAGUUGAAUCAACAGAUUUCCCGUCAGCUAGUGAAAGUAGUGAUGAUUUCUCAGCAAGUGACAAUUUUGAGCUUAAUUGGAUGUCUUUCAAUAAUGUGGGUAAAAAUGUAGCCAUAUCUGAAUGUUCAAUUUCUUCUUCUGAUGAUGAUGAAGAUGAUAAUCUCAUAGAAAUCAGUUUUCCAGAUAAUAAUUCUUCCGAGUUAAAUGAAGAAUCAGAGGAAAAACUGCAGACAGAAUUGCCAGAAUACUUCCCUGAAUCCAUUUUCAGGCAAGAAGGUCUAAUGGAGUUACUGGCAGAGAUUAGUGAAGUGAAUGAAGAAGAGAACUUGAUUGAGAUUGAUCUCUCCGUGGGCUCCAUCAAGGGUUCAGGGUAUACAGAUUGAAGCACAUGAAAACAAUGGUAUACACAUUUUCAGCCAAGCUUCAAGAAGUCAAUGGUAUUUUGAAUAUGAAUCUUUGUAACUGAGAAUGAUGAUGCUAAGAGAUGAGGUUUAGGUUUAGAUACCAAGUUCUUUUAUGUAUUUAUUAUGUUUAAUGUUUCUAUGAAGUUUCUGCAAUAUAGUUAACUUGGUUUA